CUUUGCCUCAGUGAUGUGGGGGUGCUGUGUGCAGAUUCAGUAUCUGGUGUUGGAGAGCCGUGUGCAAAUUCAACACCCAGUGCCGGCGUGCUGUGUGCAAAUUCGCCACUGGGUUCUAACCAGCCUGCUCAGGGCCUUCCGGAGCUGACCCAGAUAGUGGAUGAGACCCUGUCCCUACCUGAAGGACGCCAUUCAGAAGAUAUGAUAGAUUGUCCUGAAAUUGAGACUCCUGCCGUGAUAACGUGUGACCCACUGUCCCAGCCUUCCCCUCAGCUUGCAGACUUCACAGAGACUGAAACCACCUUGCAGCCAGCAAAUAAAGUUGAAAGUGUCCCAUCCGAGGAAACCUUUGAACCAAGCCAGGAACUCCCUGCUGAGGCCAUCAGGGACCCCAGUCUGCAGGAUGCACUGGAGGUCGACCUGGCCGUCUCUGUUUCCCAGAUCUCCAUCGAAGAGAAGGUGAAGGAAUUGAGUCCAGAGGAAGAGAGGAGGAAGUGGGAGGAAGGCCGUAUCGACUACAUGGGGAAGGACGCGUUUGCCCGCAUCCAGGAGAAGCUGGACCGGUUCCUGCAGUAAUCCGGCAGCUGGUGGGCGUUGUGUGUAGUGAGACAAUGUCCUGUUGGGUGGUGAUCUCCUCUGGUCCUUUCAAAGGAAAACGCUGUUGAACCUUGUGCCUCUAUUUAUGCUUAAUCCAUUUGAGUGCCUCACACAAAAAACGUAGAGUAUAGAAAUCCUACCUUAAUGCCCGUCACCCCAACCCCUCCACCAAUGCCUUCUGGGCUUUCUUCAGAGGUCAGUUCUACCCUGGAACCUGUUGGCAAAAGCGAGCAGUAAUAUAAUUCUAGUAGACCCUUAAUGGUGGUCUCUGCUGUUGCCCGAAAGACCUCUGAAGUACGCUGGAGCUGUGUUGUGCAGGUGCUAUGAGACCUACCCUAUUUAGAAUUAAACCUCACUGCAAAUUUCCUCCCAUUACUAAGCUAACAACACUAAUAUAUGUAUUUAGCACCUCUGAGGCUUUGCCAAGGGGAUCCGUUUCUGUAGGGCUAAGGAAACAUUCAGACAUGGUGACUUUGACUCUCAUUUGGACUUGGCGAAGCGUAUCUGAGAAACACCCCGGCUGUGGUCUCUCUGCUUUAAAUCCUAACAGGACUUCCUAGAGCGUUGACAGAAAUUCUACUUGUGGACUUAGGGAAGAAAGAUUGUAGGUGGCUUGGCGGAUGUAGGUGGCUUAGGGGAUCUAAACCGAUUCACUUGCUGGUUGAGAAAAUCAAGGGCUUGUCCCCAAACAAUUUAGAGCAACAACUUGCUCAGGAUAACAGGAUCUAGAGAUGCUCUCUGCCUGAUGACAAAAGUCAGGGUGCAGUCGGUCCACCUUUGACUGCUCUUGGCUUGGUCUCUACCCUCACUACCUCAGUUCUUAAUAACUUAGUGAAUCGCUGCGCUCCUCAAAGUCAUUUCCACUCAGCUCUUUCCAGAGAAUUCUGAGUUUUCUGAGACGGGACACUUUAUUCCACAAGAAAGCCUCAUUGUCAGAAGUAUCUUCAUUGAGUGGGCACAGUAUGCUGUGUAUCUCAACAGGUGGCUGUCGGGGGCCACCGAGAGUGUCGUUAAAAAUGGGCAUCGUUGUAAUAAAGAGAGGAAAGUGCGAUUUUUGAAAUGUUUGGAAGGUUUAUUUAUCAUGCACAUCCCAGGGAAAAGCAGAGAGUAAAUUAGAGAUGGGAUAGGAAGGUUGUGGGAGAACUCGAUUCUAGCCUGUGCCAGCUGGAUGUGUUUACGUGGAGAGGAGUGGCCACUUUUUAGGUCACCUGAAGCAGUUUAGCCUUUGGAUAGAGGAACCUGCCUGAAUUUGUGGCAUUAGUGGUGGCAUUUUUUUGUGUGCAAGAUAUGGUGGAGGGGCUGUUUCUCUUUCCUUGUGGUUGGUUAAUAAUCUUCAGUCUCAGAGGGCGAUGUUCGUAGGAUAUUUCAGGGGUUCAUUUAAAACAGCCAUAUGGCUACAGUCUCAGGUGAGUCAGGGUUGGAUGGUCAUCGGCUUUCAGAGGGAGACCACAGGAAUGUUCAGGGAAAAAAUGUCAGCUUCUCUGAGGACCAGAAUUCAUGUUCACAGGCAGUGAUGAGUUGGCUUAUGGAGUGAGUCCAGUCUGGGAUUCUGCCAUGCAUUCUAGCCUGUAUCAUCUCAUUUGGACAAAUGCUGACACGUUUAAAUUAAAAUGCUAAAAAACAGCCA